AUGGUGGUGAGGAAAGUGGGCAAGUAUGAAUUAGGUAGGACAAUCGGCGAAGGCACCUUCGCCAAAGUGAAGUUCGCUCAGAACACGGAGACCGGUGAGAGCGUCGCCAUGAAAAUCGUGGAUCGUAGCACCAUCAUCAAGCGGAAGAUGGUCGAUCAGAUUAAGAGAGAGAUCUCGAUAAUGAAGCUUGUUCGUCAUCCUUGUGUUGUUCGUCUCUACGAGGUUCUAGCAAGCCGUACGAAGAUUUACAUAAUUCUGGAGUACAUUACAGGCGGUGAAUUGUUUGAUAAAAUCGUUCGUAAUGGACGUCUAAGUGAAGCAGAAGCUAGGACAUACUUUCAGCAGCUUAUUGAUGGAGUUGAUUACUGCCAUAGUAAAGGGGUCUACCACAGAGAUUUAAAGCCGGAAAAUCUUCUGCUUGAUUCUCAAGGGAAUCUGAAGAUAUCUGAUUUUGGCCUCAGUGCAUUACCUGAACCAGGAGUUACGAUCCUAAAGACAACAUGUGGAACUCCAAAUUAUGUUGCUCCUGAGGUUCUGAGUCACAAGGGCUACAAUGGUGCUGUGGCAGACGUAUGGUCAUGUGGGGUUAUCCUCUAUGUUCUUAUGGCAGGAUAUCUUCCAUUUGAUGAACUUGAUCUCCCGACUUUAUACAGUAAGAUCGACAAAGCAGAGUUCGCUUGCCCCUCAUAUUUUGCCUUGGGAGCGAAGUCCUUGAUUCGUAGAAUUUUGGAUCCAAAUCCUGAAACUCGAAUUACAAUUGCUGAGAUAAGGAAAGAUGAGUGGUUCGUAAAGGAUUACACUCCUGUACAACUUAUAGAUUACGAACAUGUAAACCUGGAUGAUGUAUAUGCUGCUUUUGAUGAUCCGGAGGAACAAAAAGGUGCACAGGAGGAAACAGGAGACACCGGUCCACUGACUCUAAAUGCGUUUGACCUAAUAAUUUUAUCUCAGGGCCUGAACCUCGCAACUCUUUUUGACCGUGGAAAGGACUCAAUGAAGCAUCAGACAAGGUUCAUUUCACACAAACCAGCAAACGUUGUUCUUUCAAGCAUGGAAGUUGUGUCGCAGUCCAUGGGAUUUAAGACGCAUAUCCGCAAUUACAAGAUGAGAGUGGAAGGAUUAUCUGCAAAUAAGACGUCUCAUUUCUCCGUCAUUCUAGAAGUCUUCAAAGUUGCACCAUCAUUUCUCAUGGUAGACAUUCAAAAUGCAGCAGGAGACGCAGAAGAAUACCUUAAGUUCUACAAGACAUUUUGUAGUAAGCUUGAUGAUAUCAUCUGGAAGCCACCAGAUGGAUCAUCUGUGAGAAAUCGAGCCACUAAACCCAAGAGUAAAAGACGUUGA